GCAUAGGGAAGCAUUGUAAAGCACAGAGAGGUGUGGAGAGCUGUAGAGAAAGUGAGCUCUAGAAUGAGAUGAAUUACAAACACGACAGAACAUGAAAACAAGCAAUGGAACAACAUGGGAGUAAAAUGAACUGUGCCUUGUUUAACCCUUUUAUUCUCGUUCUUGAUUAAACAAGUUCUGUUGAAAGGAUUUGCCCGGUUGGUGAAGGAGGAAGACGGAGAUGAAAAUCCUGCUGCCCUCGAUUCUCAUCCUGUCUGCUGUGUUCUUGCUGCAGUUUCCACAGAUACAAUGUUUUAAGGCUGCGAUACCGAUGGACCUCGCAGAAAAUUCCCUCGAUGAUCAAUAUGUCCGUUGCGAAAGCAAAAUGUUAAAACUUGUUAAGGAAAAAUAUCUUCCGUCAGAAUUACAAAACACCCCAAAUUUUAAAAACGUCUGGGAAACAGCGAAAAAGUCAAUGGUGAAAAAAAAGAGGAUGCCAUUGAAUCUGGAACAAGCCACGGCAAUCUAUGCUUAUACUAUGGAUGUUUACAACACUUUCAAUGAAAAAGUUAGAAAUGGAGGAAAACAUUAUAAAGCUUUUCCAUUCAAGUCGUUGCAUUUUUAUUUGACAGACGCCCUGAAAACUCUGAGAUCCAAGCAGAGUAAAUGUUAUGACGUGUUUAGAGGGGUUCAAGACCCCUUUACCGCUAAUGAGGGUGCAAUUGUACGAUUUGGGCAGUUUGCUUCUACCUCUCUAGUCAAAAGGGUAGCAGAAAAUUUUGGAAACAGAACAUUGUUUGUAAUAAAAAAAACCUGCCUCGGCGUGCCAAUUGAAGAAUACUCAGAUAAUCAAAGUGAAAAAGAGGUGCUUAUUCCACCUUUUGAAAAAUUCAAAGUGCUGAAAGUCUAUGGAAAUCAAAUCCACCUGGCACGCAUUCCUGACAAGAAGAGCAAUUCCAACUGCUUGGGAGUGCCGAAAGAAUGCUCCUGUCGUGAAGGAUUAUGUUGCAUUAGUUAACAAGUCUCCCUGAAGGUGCAAAACUCAAGGCUGGGAAAAAGCUGGGUGUCUAAUCAAUUGUUCUAUAUUAUGUUUAGCACAGGCCAGUGUACCUUCCUUGAGAAUGAUAUUCUCUCACUCACACUGUACAUUCAUUUAGGGCUGCUUUCAUUAGGCAUCUUAAACAACCUCUACAAAGUCUCCUGCAUUUUCCCAUCUGUGGCUCUGUGUUCCUUUUCUCUUCCUAUUUGAAACGAAUUGCAUGUGUGGCUUAUUAAAGUCAUCAAUAUAAUUAGACAAUCAAUGACUUGCCUGUUUUGAUCAUUUCCCAGGGCUUUCAGUUCCAAUGGUUUGAUUUCAUAUGCACAACAAAUCAAAACUACAGCAGUAACUUGGUUUUCUGGUAAAUUUGCACACUGCUGUAUAAUAACUAUAGAUUUGAAGCUAUUAACACAAGAUUAAACUGGCAAUGGAAGACUUUACAACCCACGAGCAACAGUAUCACUGGCGGACCCUUUAAAGGGUUAAGAGCCAAGGAUUUUAAAUGUAUUCCCUAUUAUUAUCCCCUGUCUUAUCUGGUCACUCUCACUCGUGUGAAUAAACUAGGCAUUGCAUGAACAUUGGUUAAGUAUUCCCUCCUGUGUUAUCAUGGUAAUGUAGAGAGAGGUCAAGACUUAUGCACGCCCCUGUGUAUUACUAAAAAAAACAUUGAUGUAAAUGUGAUCCAUCUUACUCUCGUCUAUCCGAGUGUAAUCUGCAGCUUAAUA